GCACUCAGAUUAUUCACGUCGGAUAGGCACAGUCUGAGUUAUCAACUUCGAGAUAUUCCCAAGACAGGGAUGAAGAAGGCUUCAUGGGAAACGUAAGAGCAAAAAUCGACAAGUGUCCUACCACCUGUAAUCUAAAGCAAGCAUGGAAGGCCUUAUUGGCUUACACGUAUCUUGUGCCUAUACAUUUAACUCGUCUAUUUAGCUUCACGGCUAAACCCCUGACAAGGCAGCUCAAAGGAAGCAACUGCGAGGAGUUUGGAGUGUAAUUGCAAGAAGGAUAUAUAAGAGUGGUGCAGAGAAUCUCUCUGUAUAAAGCGGGAAUCUGUUUUUGUGGGCUUGAAGAGAUAAGAAUCGAGGCUAAAAGAAAAGGAGAAGUUGAAAGAGAAUGGCGCAGACGGUUGGGAGAAACAUAGCAGCUCCAUUGCUGUUUCUUAACCUGCUCAUGUAUGCUAUUGCCCUGGGCUUUGCUAGUUGGUGCACUAAUAGGUACAUCAAUGGCCAAACCAGCCACCCAAGCUUUGGAGGGAAUGGAGCAACAGGAUUCUUCCUGACCUUUGCAAUAUUAGCUUGUGUUGUUGGCAUGGUAUCCAAAUUCGUUGGUGGCGCCCACAUCAGGGCAUGGAGGGGUGAUAGUCUAGCUGCAGCAGGAUCAGCUUCGCUGGUUGCCUGGGCCAUCACUGCCCUAGCCUUUGGGUUUGCGUGCAAGGAGAUAAACGUAGGAGGCUACAGAGGUUGGAGGCUGCGGGCAGUAGAGGCAUUUAUAAUCAUUUUGACAUUUACCCAGCUUCUGUACGUCUUGUUGCUUCACGCCGGGAUGUUUAGCAGCAAGUAUGGACCAGGAUACCGUGACACUGACUAUGGCGUCGGUGCCGGUACUAGUGAACCUGUACACAAGGGCGGUGCUGUUCCUGUAGCUGGCGCUAGGGUUUAAUUUGAAUAACUAAAUGGGCGUGUAGCGUGAUAGCCUCUCGGGUUAUUUUCAUCUCCCUGGCUGGGGCUAUUGAUUUGCUCUGUUUGAACUUGUUAUUUUCAUCUCCCUAAAUUUGUAAUGUUGUUAUGCAAGUAAAAGGUCGUGUUGUUUUAUGACUUUGUAAUGAGAAUGACUUUGUCCUAA